UCUUAUUUUUAGUUGUUUGCUGUAUUUUCAUGUUGGUGAACACGCAGACUUUACGAUCGGAUCUUUUAAUGUGCGAAUUUAUGUCAAUACAUUUAACGGUGGAAUACAACAAAUCGUAAAAAGCUGUAGUGAUAAAAUGAUGCGGUUUAACUUAAUUUCUGGUCUAUUAAUUCAAUUAUUGAUCUUGACUGUUUACGCUGUGGAUGUCACGCAAUUUCCAGAUGACAAUCAACAUUUCAACCGGACAUUGGCGGGUAUUAUGCGACCCAGAGUGGUGGGUACGGCCGGCCAUAAAGAAGUUGAAAAAUUCAUAAAAAGGGAAUUAAAUACGCUCGGCUUCAGCACGGAAGUUGAUCAAUUUUCCGAAAAGAUACCCAUUUUUGGCAAUGUGACUUUCACAAACAUAAUUGGCGUUUUGAAUCCGAAUGCGCGUGAUUUUUUGGCGCUUGCUUGCCAUUACGACAGCAAGUAUUUUCAAGAUGAUCCCGGUUUCGUCGCAGCUAUAGAUUCAGCAGUGCCAUGUGCCACUAUGUUAAAUACCGCGAAGACUUUAUCAAUGUAUCUUUCGGGUAACUUCAAAGACCGCACCGAUAUUGGGUUAAUGUUAAUAUUUUUCGAUGGCGAGGAAGCUAUUAAGGAUUGGUCUGAUACCGAUUCGAUUUAUGGAUCGCGUCACUUGGCAGCGAAAUUGUCGAACACACGUACUUCAAUUGGCUUGGGGCGCAGUAUUGAUCGAAUUGAAGUCUUAGUACUACUCGAUUUGAUUGGCGCCGCCAAUCCGAAAUUCUACAGUUUUUAUCCAAAUACUUAUGGCUUGCAUCAUAGUCUGUCCGAAAUUGAAUUGUCUUUGUCAGCAGCCAAACAACUUGAAGGACGGAAUCUAAUGUUCAUGAGACGCCCAUCAACCAGUUUUAUCGAUGACGAUCACAGACCAUUUUUACAACAAAACGUGCCGGUUUUACAUCUCAUAACAACACCAUUUCCACCACAAUGGCACACACCGAACGAUAAUGCCGAAAAUUUGCAUUGGCCUUCAAUUCGUAAUUUUAAUAAAAUCUUCCGUGCUUUUGUGUAUGAAUAUUUACAACGUCACAAGGAACAAGUGAAUUUGAGAGCCGCGUUUAGAUAAAUAUUUUAAUACAUUUUUCAAGAUGAUGUCAGCACACACAUACAACAUACUCGACUACAAUAAUAUAAUAAUAAAAUAAGAUCUAUAAUAAAGAAGA